GACGACGCUCCAGUUCUCCCCUCACUCUCGCUCGGUCAUGUUGGCCUCCGUUAGAUCUACGCUUUUUUCCACUGCCCAUAGGCUUCAUGCCCGGGCAGCUUCCACUAUCAUCAAGGAUGCACCGAUUAAAGAUUUUCAAGUGGAGAAUGAACCAGUGUUUGGUUACAUGCCUGGAAGCCCAGAGAGGGCAGAGUUGGAAGCUGCCCUGAAGAAGUACCAGUCUCAGGUUGAAGAUGUCCCCAUAAUGAUAGGCGACAAGGAGUACCGCACCAAUGAAGUGAAACAUCAAGUCAUGCCACAUAAUCAUUCCCAUAAGAUUGCUAAGUUUUAUUGGGCAAAUUCAGAGCUUAUCCAGAAAGCCAUUGACACAGGAAUGGCUGCACGAGCUAGCUGGGAACGUGUACCCCUUGCUGAGAAGUUUGACAUGUGGCUAAAAGCUGCAGAUCUGAUGGCAACUAAAUACCGGCAAGAACUCAAUGCAACAACAAUGUUAGGCCAAAGCAAAACUGUCAUUCAGGCUGAAAUUGAUUCUGCUGCAGAACUAGUUGACUUCCUGAGAUUCAAUGCUCUUUAUGGCAAAGAGGGAACAAAAUGGCAACCAAGGAGUCCUGACCCAAAUGUAACUGUAAACAAGCUGAGACUGCGUGGCCUCGAAGGUUUUGUAGCAGCUGUGUCUCCAUUCAACUUUACUGCGAUCGGAGGCAACUUGGCUUACACCCCUGCAAUGAUGGGCAAUGCAGUGCUGUGGAAGCCAUCAGAUACAGCUGUCCUUAGUAACUUUACAAUCUAUAAGAUCAUGAGAGAAGUAGGUGUUCCUGGUGAAGUUGUGAGUUUCCUUCCUGCAGAUGGACCUGUCUUUGGAGACACAAUUACCAAAUCACCUCAUCUGGCAGCCAUAAACUUCACUGGCUCAGUUCCGACAUUCCAGAGAUUAUGGACACAAGUUGGCCAGAACUUGUCCAAUUAUAUUGGAUUCCCAAGACUCGUGGGUGAGUGUGGUGGGAAGAACUACCAUCUGGUCCAUCCCAGUGCAGAUGUUACCUCUGUUGUUAAUGGCACUAUCCGCUCAGCCUUUGAAUACUGCGGACAGAAAUGCUCUGCUUGCUCUCGUGCCUACAUUCCAGAAUCCCUUUGGCCUGAGGUAAAGGCAGGUCUGUUGGCAGCCCAAAAGGAGCUCAAAGUUGGCAAUGUACAGGAAUUUGAUACUUUUAUGGGAGCUGUCAUAGAUGACAAAGCAUUCAAGCGUAUCAGUGGCUAUGUUGACCAUGCCAAGUCUUCACCAAACCUUUCUAUUUUGGCUGGAGGCAAAUGUGAUGAUAGUGUGGGCUAUUUUGUGGAACCCACCAUUGUGCAGACAACAGAUCCCACAGAUCGCAUCAUGAGUGAGGAGAUCUUUGGACCUGUCCUCAGUAUCUUUGUAUAUCCUGAUGCUCAAGCUGAUGAAAUGCUUACCGUGGCUAACAAGUCUACUCCAUUUGCUCUCACGGGUGCCAUCUUUGCUCAGGAUGAGGCUUGGCUUGUCAAGGCAACUGAAGCACUGAAAGAUUCUGCUGGCAACUUUUACAUUAACGACAAGUCAACAGGAUCUGUUGUAGCUCAGCAACCAUUUGGAGGUGCACGCAUGUCAGGCACAAAUGAUAAAGCUGGAGGUCUACAGUAUGCCCUGAAGUGGACAUCUCCUCAGGCAGUAAAGCAGACCAUGGUGCCCCUGACAGACAUCAAAUACCCUUACAUGGGUUAGAUGUAGUGUAUCAAGUUGUAGAUGGUGUAAGGUGGAUCACUUACUUGUGUAGUGUUACAUACUUUUUAUUUUUAUCUUUUUCUUUUUUUUUUUUUAGAUCAUGCAGUGGGAAAAAAAUUAUCUGUAUAUCAAGAAUGUAUUGAUAACCAGUAUUGGACAAGAUAAUCUUGAUAGUGAUAAUCAUGUUAUCCAGUAAUUUAUCUCAAGUGGUAUAGCAGUGUAAAUAUGAAAACUUGGGAUUUUGAAAUGUCUUUAAUAAAUCAGUGUUAAGAAAGAGAAAAAAAAAAAGGGAUUGAUCAAAAUACUUUCAGAGAUUGAUUUUUUGUUGGCAUACUAAAGUACUGCAAGCCUUAGAAUAGCCAUUUGAAAGUAUGAGGAAUGAUUAUUCAGACCAAUUUGUCCAUUACUGUACUGCAUGUUAGAAAAUACCCGGUGUAGUUGUUCAUAUUUAAUAUGAUUUGCCCAAAAAAAGAGUAGAUAUAAAAUAUUUUAUUGCAUUGUAUUUUCAUUUUUGUUCUUGUACCAUAGCUUGAAAUUGUAGGCAAAAGAGUAAGAUAGAAAAGCUCCCACCAUGACCAGCUCAGAUGUACAACAUUUAGCAUUCAUGUCUUUGGGAUGUAAAGUAUGUCACACACUAAGUGAGUGAUAUAUAUUUUAGAAUUAAUUUCUUAUAAUUUGAUUUGAGGAUAGUUCACUCAAUACUACUACAUUUUACUGAAGGCACUUCUCUCUUGAGUGUGAAGGAUAACCAACCCAAUGUGUUGGAAAGACCAUAGUGACCACCUAUGCUAUCGUAAACAGCUUAGAAAAAGAACCACUCCUUGAUCUUCCAUGAUACCUUGCCUUACAAUGUCCGACUUGUUCCCAGUGACUAUAGGGAAAUGGUCUUGAUAAGUAAAAUAUACUUGGAAUUAUUAUUUUUGUGUGUAUAUGACUCACUAUAACAAAGUGCUCUUUCACCUUGUUACUCGACUUGGUUAUUAUCUGCUUUGUGCAAAAGAUGUAAUGACAGGAACCACAAGACUUAAGUUUAAGCAUAAAAUAUGAACAGCAAGAAAUGUUUUUGGAUUUAUAUUUAUUAUAACAGCAGCUGUUGGUCAAGCUUACAAGAAGAAAAUCAUAUACCAUAGCUUGUAAGUUGAUUCUAAAUAAACUCAAAGAAAUUUAUGGAAAAUCAUUUUGCAUUUUGUAAGGAAAAGUUAUAUAUAUAUAUAAAUGUAAUUAUGAAUAACAGAUGAAGUUCCAGUUGAUGUUGAAAUCAUCUCAUUGUCUGUGCAUAUUCAUCAUUCUAUGUUAGAAGUUAUGAUUACAUUAUUUGACUGAAUAUACCUAUACACUUGUUUGUUUAUAAUCAGAACUGUCCACCAACAUGUGCAUAUGCUCAUGCUCACACACAGGCAACAUAUGCACAUGCAUGUGCUCAUGCUUACACAUCAAAUACAUUUGUGUACUAGUGUACACAAAGCAUACAUUUUGUUUCCUGAAUCCACAUAUACAGUAGUAAUGGAAUGUUACCAUUCAGUUAUUCUCAUUUCAAAAGGUAUUAUGUAGAAAUACAAUAUUUUCACAAGAAAAAUUCUUUAUCAUUGUAUUCAGCUGACGUUCUCAUUAUAAGGAUUUAUAAAAUGCAUUGGUUUGAUGUGUAAAUAGGUUAAAUUGAAAAGAAUAUCAGUAUAAGGGAUGUAUUUAUAACAUCAGGAAUUAUAAUAAAUGUUGGAGGUUUGAUUUUCAACUGGCAGAUAAACAAGCAUCAUUAUGAGUUAAUUUGUGUAUCAAAUAAGCCAGUGAGUUAAGACUGUGGGAACAUAUUUUAAUACAUAGUAAUUUUAACAGGAACAGCUCAUAUAUGUAUGUAUGUCAUCAAUGUGCUGUAUUUAACCAAAGUGUUUGUGGUUUGAAAUACAAAUUACCCGAAUAUGUCAGUUUUCAUGUAGGAAAGAAAAUGUAAAUAAUUAGCCAUCAUGAUUCUAUAGAUAAUAUAGUCCAGUUCAAAAUUAGUUUUUCAAAAGAUCUGAUGUGAUUUGGUUCUUUUUUUAUUGCAAAGUAAUGAUUACUUUGUUUUAUUUUUGUAAGUGUGAUGGGAAUUAGCAUUUAAGUAUGGAGUAUUUUAAUAUAUUGAAUACAGAAAAGAAUGUAUUCCUAUCCUUUGAACUGAGAUAUUACCAUCACCUCAGAUUAUGAAAAAACAGAAGGAAAGUAAAAAAAUGCAAGGGGAAAAAGUAAUUGUUUGCGAUAAAUUUUAUUGUUUAAUGAUGUGACCUAAUAUCUCUAGCCAUCCUCAAAAUCAUUGCUCUUGAAAGUUACUUUAGUUGUUGCUUGGACUUGGUUAGCAUAGAAAAGCCAGGGAAGAAGUAAUAGAUGUUGGUGAUAGCAUAAUAUCAAAGGGUGUGACAAGACAGCUCAUCACACAAUCAUAGUAAAAAAGUCUUGACAAAGCAAAGUUGAUGAAAUGUCGUUUUCAUUGUUAAUGUUUAUAUUUAGAUUAUUUUUUUAGAACUUUAUUUUAGAAUUGUUAUUUAUGUUGUUGCCAACUAUUAGUCUUCUGCAAGUUAACCACAGGUAUACAAAUUGUGACAUACUUAUUCAUAUUUUGUUUCAAGUCACUAGGUUAUUUUUUCUUCUUUCUUUCAUCUUCCUUAUCCUUUAAUUUUAUUUUUAUUUGUUCCUAAUCAAAUGGGGAAAAUCAUCCCCACUGCAGUGAAUCCAGCAUUGUUUGAAGGUUACUGUAUCAGCAUUGUGGAGUCAAUCUAUUGUAGAUAUUCAGCAGGAGAAUGUAUAAUUCAGUGUAUCACUGAGCACAAAUUGUUGGGUAUUGCUAACUUAGGAGCUUUACUGCCAAUUAUUACUACACUGGUUGAGGCACCAUCAGAUUGAAUGAUCUGAUGUCACAAGGUCUACUACACUUAGCAUUUUGGUAUCUAGGUGCUGUUCCUAAAUAAUAAACCUUUGACUGAUAA